GGUCUUUAGCUGAGAGCCCUAAAUGUGUCAGACACAGGGGCAGUCAGGGAGCCAGUGAAAGCUAAUCGGCGGAGUCCAUUUCAUUUUCUUUUAUUUAUUUCACAGUACGUUUCGGCGAGAACUGCGACUGUAUUUUUUUGUGUUAGCCCACAUACAAUGACUGAACAAUCAGCGCUGCUUCUCCGAAAACAACUGGCAGAGCUCAACAAGAACCCGGUGGAAGGCUUUUCUGCUGGCCUCAUAGAUGAUGACGACAUCUACAAGUGGGAGGUCGUCAUCAUAGGCCCGCAGGACACACUGUUUGAGGGGGGCUUUUUCAAAGCCUACCUGACCUUUCCCUAUGACUACCCACUGCGACCUCCCAAGAUGAAGUUUAUUACUGAAAUCUGGCAUCCGAAUGUGGCAAAGAAUGGAGACGUGUGCAUCUCCAUUCUGCACGAGCCGGGAGAGGACAAGUUUGGCUACGAGAAGCCAGAGGAGCGCUGGCUACCCAUCCACACUGUGGAGACCAUCAUGAUCAGCGUGAUCUCCAUGCUAGCAGACCCCAACAGCGAUUCGCCCGCUAACGUGGAUGCUGCCAAAGAGUGGAGGGAGGACCCCAAUGGCGAGUUCAAGAGGAAGGUGGCGCGUUGUGUAAGGAAAAGUCAAGAGAUGGCAUUCGACUAGGCCAGCACUGCUGUUACAGGAGCAUCCAGGCUAAGGAAACAAAACUUCCUGAGGAAAAUGGUCACCCCUUUGCAUCCUUCUUUUGCUGACUGGGGGUUGGGGGUGGGAGAGUGAGGGUCUUGUUUCCUAGAUGGAUGAACAUGCAAAACCCACAAUUCGAACAAGUUUUGAUUUCCUUCCUGGAAGUGUAUAUUUAAUUUUAUUUAUUUCGAAGACUGAUGUAAGAUAUGUCACUACUGUAAAUUAAUUGCUUUUUUAUCUGCUGCUGAAAUGUUUCUACUUUAUACCAGGUUUCUUAUGCAAUUUGUUCUCUUUGUUGGUCAUAAUCGGACUAUAAUUAAUAAAAGCCAGUUUCCAUUGUUCCUGACACACAUCUCAUAAAUAGCGUUAGAUUUUACAUCCCAAGAAUUUAACCUGCUCCUAAGGGGCUCGUUAGUGCCCCCCCCCCCCCCCCCCACCAUUUGAUCCUCCUUGUGUACAGUUUUACACAAUGCUGGCUCUCGUAAACAGGUAGUCUGUUUAUUUUGGUCAUGCAUUUACAUGAUGUCAUUGUCACAGGACUGUUCAUUUUUGACCGCUUGUUUUAAGAUGACUCAAAAAAUGUAUCAAACCAGCUGUGAUGCCCAUCCCCCGCCCCUGGCAUCUGCACUCCCCUCCACAUCUCGCUGCUGUUUUGCUGGGUUUAGUGAAUCCCCUGGCUGUGUGGAUGUGCCCCCUUCCACGUGGGAUUGUUCCUCCUGCUCAUGGUCAGCUCAGUAACACGCAGUUCGUGUAGAAGUCUCGCCUAAACAGGCCUAUGCAGCAUAAGUGUUCCAUUCUGCAGGCAGCCUAUUGAGGGGAAGGAGCUCAGCAGUUGUUUUCCGGGUCCCUGGAGCAUUUGUCUUUCACCUCCGGGGCUAGCUGGACCUGGCCUUGAAAUCCCCUGUGGUCCACGCUAAGUAGCUACAUGCCAUUUCAGAGCGCAUGCAGACCAGUGAGCCUGAGGUGUGUGCUGGCACUAGUCAUCGGCUUUUGGUAAGGGUUUGUUGUGAGGCUGUGAGAAGACCCCUUUUUACUGAAUGUGCCAAUUAUAUUUUACUGUCUGGGGGGGGGGUUCCUUGUUUAAGCAUGCAUCACGUGAGACUGUAAAGCACUGGUGGGGUGUUCGCACUGUCCGGCAACUUCCCGGGUUUUACCUGUUCACAAAAUAUCUAAUGCUUCUGUAGUCCAAGGCCCGAGGAAGGAGCUUUAAAUUUAACCUGCUCAGUUAGCGAGGGUCGUUUCCGGCAGAGUUAGCUUUAGCAAAAUGGGUUUGGUGUAGGUUUAGUGCUUCCCUUUGACCACAGCACUACACAGACCGGUGCUCACUGUACUCACAAGCCGGGAGCCAAGCAUAGCGGACGCCAUGAAGCAAUACGAGAAGAAUCGCACUCACCUGCUCCUCAGCUGCCCGUCGUUUCAGGUUGCACUGGCAUGCAAAUUUGUAACCCUUAUUUUUUUAAGGUCUUACCCAGUACGUUUAUUUGUAUCUCUCAUCCUGUUACUCCUGUGUAAUGUGUAUUGAAUUUGACCCCAAUAAAAUGUGAAAUGUG